CGGGGGCCUGUCCGCCGCUGCCGGCUCCUGCGCCGCUCGGCGGGAGUGCAUGCGGCUGCACACUCGGCUGGCGGGGGCGCUGAUGUGCGUGCAGGAGCAGAUGCAGCAGGGACGACAUGGUGGGGGACUGGGAGCAGGCCGGUUGGAGGCAAUGGAUGUGGAGUACGACAUGGGGACCGAUGGUGGGGGUGGUACGGCAGCAGCGGCGGCGGCAGAGAAGAUGGGUUACAGCGGCCGUUGGCUGGCGUGGCGCUGUGUUCGUCGGGGGUACGACAGGUUGGAUGUGGUGGUGCCGUACAUCCUGACGCUGCCGCCGCCGCCGGGCUUGCUGGCGGGGGGAGAGGACGACAAGGAGGCGGCGGCAGCGGAGGAGGUGGGCGUGGGGAGGAGCGGCGCGGAGGGGCAGAAGCAGCAGCAACAGCAGGCCACUCGACGGCGGCACCAUGAGACCGGGGUGGAGGUGACGGAGGUGGUGCAGCAGUGCCACCGCUGGCUCCGGUCGCUGCAAGCGGCACUGGAGUGGACCAGCUGGGCGCUGGAGCAGGGGAUUGUGAGCUUGGCGGAUCUCCCAGAGCUGGUGGAAAAGGCCCGCACGCGGGUCCAAGCUGCGACAAUAGCAGCAGCAGCAGCAGCCGCUGACAGCCGUAUGGCGACAGCACAACCACCACUGCCGUGUUCCGCCCUGCCCGAAACCUUGCUGGAUUUCCUCUGCCUGCUGCCACCUGUCGAGGAGGCCAUUCCCGGCCGCCAAGACAACACCACCACUGCUGCUGCUGACGCUAGCGGCGGCGCUACGGCAGCACCAAGCUGGGGCUCUAACGCAGCUAAGGUCGGCAGCAUUGCUGGUGGUGGCGACGGCGGCCUUCCCCCGGCUUGUCGUGACGCCACCCGUGACCUAUGCCUGGCCCUCCUCCGCCUCAUGCAACAGCUAGCGGAGGCGGAACAUGCCCGGCGGGAGGAGAGCCAGAUGGCGGAGAGUGGCUUGUGCGACAGUGAGGCUCUCAUUCCCUGGAGCGACAAGGACGCUGUGAAUGUGUGCUUGGCGGCUGCUCUGGCCCCGCAUGUGCUGGGCGUCCUGCCAGCUGAUGUUGUCGCCGCCCAGGCCCUCGCAGCGGCCGCCUCCGCCCUCACCUCCGCCGUACUGCGCGCCAAGCUGCCGUACGGGGCCACCCUGGAGGCAGGGCUGCGGGAGCUGCUGCGGCGGACACUAGGAGGGGGAGGGAGCUGCGCGUCCUCCUCUUCAUCUUCCUGUUUAGCUUUCUUGGAAAUGACAC